UAUUUAUAUAUCCUAAAUUAUAUUCUAAAUCCUGUGUAUAUCCUAAAUUCAAUGAAAUUAUAUUUCUUGAUAGACAAGAUUCAUGUCCAGAAAUUUAAAGUAUCCUGUAUAUGAGAAUAUAUGAGAUAACCUAUAAUUCUGUAAUGAGUGUGACGCCAUUUUGCAGAUAACGUCACUCUCUUGGCAAGGUUGGUAGCAACGGCGUACAGUAAGGUGUGGCGACGUCUGAAUAGGAAAGUAUUUAUGAACGACAACAAUAAUCGUCAACGAAUAUUAUUUCGAAGAAUCGGCUACACGUUAUUUUUCUCUGAAAAUUCACCAUGUCGGUGGAUAAACAAGAGUAUCACAGAGCGUCGAACGCCGUCGUUUUCGGGGGAGGGCUCACGUACAUAGCACUCUUUCUCGUAAUGAUGGCCUUUGUAAGCCCAUACUGGAUAGAAUCGUAUCAAGAGACAUUCAAUAAUUUCAAACAUAUGGGACUCUGGGAAUAUUGCUUUGACCAAUUUCGUUAUCCGUAUUAUCAGUUUGACAAAAAAUUUAAUGGCUGCCAUCAUAUUUUUUCGCAAGAAUAUUAUGUUAUAAGAGAAUGGCUGCUACCAGCGUGGCUCAUGAUUGUACAGGCAUUUGUUACACUGGCUCUCUUACUCUCCUGCUUCGCUUUCACUGUGAUAAGCUUGAUCUGGAUACGUUGGCCAUUAAAAUUUGUUUUGACUUACGAAUGGAUUCUAUCAUCUGUCGCAUUCUUAUGCAACGCAGUGGCCAGUGGACUUCUUUUCUUGGCUGUAGCCAUAUUUGGUGGGCAGUGUUGGCGUCGUGACUGGUUAAUGUACCCGAAUUUUAAUCACUUGUCGUGGUCUUACGCUUUUGCAGUCAUAUCGUUCUUCUUUCAUGGAUUUGCCGCAUUCUUCUUAUAUCUGGAUGCGCGAACAGGUUACAGAUUGCGCAAAGAAUCUCGUAAUUUGGUAAUGCAGAUGCAACCAAAUCCGCAAACGAGUUCUCAUCAUGGAUCACAACGAAGCGGAUAUGUAUAAUAUUACAAAUCAUGUCUUUAAAGGAAAUUCAGAUAAAAUCUUUACCAUUGUUAAGCUUAACAAGCGAUACCAUCUGUUUCUUAAAAGACAGUACCUAGUGUGUACGAUUUUAUCCGUCCAAUAAUAUUAAUAUUUUUUAUACAAUCUUUUAAGUAGAACUUUUUUUAUAGACAGAAGCGAGAUAAUUGAAAAAUGCGAUGAAAUAAUUUUAAUAAUUUAGAAAAUACACAAAUGUAUGUAUUGAUAUUGUCACCUUUUCUUUUUCUCUAACGUAUAUUUAUGUAUUUAGAAUUUUUAUUACAACUUUUAUGUAUAUUUUAUAAAUUUAUAUUAUACAUAAUUGUACGAUAGAGUCAAAAUUAUAUCGUUUGACUUGCAAAUAUAAAAUAUAAUAGACAGAGAAAA